AUAUUCACUCCUUUUCUUUUUCUUUAACCUAAAAUACGGGCCAUAGCCGAAUACUUACAUAUCAAACACACAGACCCAAAUCUUAUUAAGACGGUACUCCUUCGGCCAACACCGGAGCCACCACCAACGAGCUUUUUUCUUUAUAAAAUCAUCAGACUCCAGUAACAAAAGAAUAUAUAGAUAUAGAUAGAACAAAAGAAAACAUGGGGAAGAACGAAAAGACAAAGCUAGGUAGAGCACUAGUAAAGCAUCACAAUCAAAUGAUCCAACAAUCCAAGGAAAAAGGCCGUUACUACAACUCCCUUCACAAGAAAGUUCUUGAAUCCGUCACAGAAGUCAGCGAUAUCGACGCCGUCAUCGAGCAAGCCGAGGAGGCUGACCUUCUCUUUUCUCACCAGCUUCCUGCAGCUGCCCCUAACCAACCCAUUAGCCUGGAUGUGAGCUCAAGUGGUAUUAGUGAUAUGACGCCGAAGGAGAGGAGAGAGCAGCAGAAAAAAGAGGAGGCUUUGCAUGCUAGUAGCCUUCGAGUCCCUCGCAGGCCUCCAUGGAAUGCUGAAAUGUCCAUAGAGGAGCUGGAUGACAAUGAAAAACAUGCCUUUUUGACCUGGCGGCGUACCCUUGCAAGCCUUGAGGAGAAUGAGAAGCUUGUUCUUACUCCAUUUGAGAAGAACCUUGAUAUUUGGAGACAGCUCUGGCGGGUGGUUGAGCGCAGUGAUCUGCUUGUAAUGGUCGUUGAUGCACGAGACCCCUUAUUCUACCGCUGUCCAGAUCUGGAGGCAUAUGCACAAGAGGUCGAUAAGCACAAACGGACGUUGCUCCUUGUAAACAAGGCUGAUCUUUUGCCUUUUUCAGUCAGGCAGAAAUGGGCAGAGUAUUUUUGCCAUCAUGAGAUUCUGUUUGUGUUCUGGUCAGCUAAGGUUGCAACUGCAGCUCUCGAGGGUAAAAAGCUUAAAGAACCUUUAAAUGGACAAGAUACUCUCCAAAAGAUGGAUGAUCCUGAUACAAAAAUCUAUGAUAGGGAUGAGCUUUUGUCUCGAUUGCAGUCGGAGGCGGAACAGAUAGCCAAGCUGAGGAGGAAGUCAAACUGCAGCAGCACUGGCUCAUCUAAUGAUCAGUCACUGGGAGGAAAUCUUGCUGGAAAUUCAACUCUCAAGAAUGUAGUGGUGGGAUUUGUUGGGUAUCCUAAUGUUGGCAAAAGCUCCACUAUCAAUGCUUUGGCCGGCCAGAAGCGGACUGGGGUUACCUCCACACCAGGGAAGACCAAGCAUUUCCAAACACUGAUAAUCUCUGAGGAGCUGACCUUAUGCGACUGUCCUGGAUUAGUUUUCCCUUCCUUCUCAAGCUCAAGAUAUGAGAUGAUUGCUUCAGGGGUAUUACCAAUUGACCGAAUGACCGAGCACAGAGAGGCUGUACAGGUUGUGGCUAAUAGAGUCGCAAGGCACAUCAUUGAGGAUGUUUACAAAAUAAAUCUGCCGAAACCUAAGCCAUAUGAGCCACAAUCUCGGCCUCCUUUGGCAUCAGAAUUUCUAAGGGCUUAUUGUGCAUCUCGUGGUUAUGUGGCAUCCAGUGGACUGCCUGAUGAAACUAGAGCUGCCCGACAAAUUUUGAAGGAUUACCUAGAUGGCAAGCUACCACACUAUGAGAUGCCUCCUGGGAUGUCUGCUGAGGAACCAAGUGCUGAAAAUGAUGGAGGACCUAGCUUGUCUGAGACAAAUGAGACAGAUUCAUCCGACAUUGAAAACCCUACAGAUCAGGAAGAAAAUGCGCUUAACCUUGAGCAGGUUCUGGAUGAUUUAAAAUCAUUUGACAUGGCCAAUGGGCUUACUUCAAAAAAGGUCAUUGUCAAGAAGUCAAACGCAUCAAAUAAGCACCACAGGAAGCCUAAAAGGAAAAAGGAUCGCUCGUGGAGGAGUAAAAAUGAUGAUGGUGAUGGAAUGCCAAUUAUAAGAGUUUUCCAGAAGCCAGUGAAUGCAAGUCCUUCCCAGGCUGGGUGAUGCAUGUUGGUAUUAGUGGGCAUCUCUUCUGGAUAAAUCUUGAUUUUCCUCUGGUUGGUUGUGUAGUUUCCAGCCUCAAAGAGUUGGUUGCCAGGAGCUGCGCAUGUUUGAGCUAUGAGAUUCCUUUAUAUAAUUCUCUUGUGUCAUUAAUAAUUGUGGGGACGAACUUGGAAGUAAGGGUAAAACAAAUGAACAUAUUGCCUUUAAUGAAAGAUAGUACAAUCACAAACUGGUAUGGGAACUGGCUUCUCCGCGUGUUUCUUCCGAAACAGUUCCACCAUAUCUACAGUACUACACAUUAAAGCCCUAGCGCCUGAAUGCAUGGGGGAAUGUAAUUUAAAGGAAGGGAAGAAAAGAGAAGGGAGAUGAAGAGAGGGAGAGAGAAAAUAUCUUUUUCUUUUUGUAGUUUAUUAUGUAAUACAUAAUUGUCAAAGAGAAUUGAUGAGAAUUAAUUAAGUUUUGAAUUUUUUAAUUAAAAUUUCGAAAAUAAAAAUAAUAAUAAACUAAAUUUAGUUUUUUUGA